ACCACGUGUUCGUCCGCACUGAAUGAGAAUCACGCAUAUUAAAAGCAUUUUAAGGGGCACUUGGCUUUUGGGGGCCAAAGGUGGUCGCCUACCUUUGCCUAAUGGUUAAAUCCGUCUCUGAUUAUAUUAAAGUUGCUUUAGUGAAAUCUUAGUUUAUAUGACUGGUUUGUUCAUUCUUUACACUGUAGACAUGUAGAACAUAUCCGUGUUUGUGAAUGAAACUGUCCACAAACACCAAUAUCUUAAGUGAAUUAUAUUCACACAAAUAACUUUAUUUUUUAACUUUUCAAUAUGUGUUGACACAAAGGACUUAUUUUAAUUUUUGACUGAUACAACAUUGCACUGAAUUGUUAGAAAAUAAAUGCGUAGAGAUGUUUUCGCUCGAUAAAGAUGAAUCGUCUUUUUGAACCGGUUCACUGAGCCGAUCUUUUCGAAAAGAACCGGUUCGCUGAAAUGAAUCGGAAUAGUUCAUAACGUUAAGAACGGUGACGCUUGGAUCGUUGUUUUUCAAAUUAAAAGUCUUGCUCAAACAUUUUUAGCAAAGAAAAUGAUUUAAAUAGCUUACAUAGCUUAAUUUGUGCUAAUAAACAAACAUGUAAGUAAACACGAACUUUUAAAAUUUGCAUUAUAUGUACAGAUAAAAUGGCUAAAUCAAGAAAUUUUAAACAAAACCUGAACUUUAUGAUGCACUUGUGCAAGUUAAAGCCUUUAUAUGUUGCUUUACUGGAACAAAAGCAUACAUAAUAUUCUAGCAACAAAAACAAUGCAAUCUUGUAAUACAUAAAUAUUUCAUAAAACAAAUCAUUGCUUUUUUUCACUUCUGUGUUGUUGCUCAGUCAGUUUUACUUUUUCUGUUUGUGCACUUUAGUUUUUGUUGUCACCUUUAUGUAAAUCUUCAAUAAAUUGUUAUUUAUUUAUUUAUUUAUUUUUUUUAUUUAAAAAAAACUUUUGUUCAAAGGUCCUUGAACUUUGGUGUGCAGAUUUUUUUGCCUUUGCUUUUUGUAUUUUUCUCUGUUGAAAUCUACGCACUCAUUAUAAAUAUAUACUUUUUUAUUUUACUUAAUUGGCACAUAAUUAUUUUAAAACUCAUCAUUACAUUGUUACUGACUUUUGUACUGUUAAUCUGUGCUUUAUUUCUCUAUUCUAGUUGUCCUACGACUCCCUUUAUAGUAAUUAAGCAAUGUUUCACAUUUUCAAUUAUAAUUUUGACUUUAAUUAUGAAAAAGAGACUUUAUGUCGUGUUAUGGUUUCUGUCUUCACCCCUCCCCGCUGGAUUCUGGACUGAGAGGUGUAUGCGGAUCCUCCAAUGGCUGUUUGUAACACUGAAAACAUUGGUGCUGCAGUCUGGAUUGCCCUGAAGAGGCUUGAUCUCAAUGAUAGCAGGAUCACAGCUCUCCGGGAGGUUCAUAUUCCCAGUGGAGCCCGAGGGACCAGCAUACUAGCUCAGUCUUUCAGCCUUGACACUUCUCAGAGGACACUUAAGAUACGAAACAAUCGAGGAUGCCUCAUUCCCUUAAAUCCCUGCAUGCCACCAAACAGCAAGCAAAUGCCGUACGUCCUUGAAGUGGCCAAAAACCACCAGCAUGUCAAUCCAAGACCCAGAAGUAUUCCUGUGCCUGUUAUUAAUAAAACCCUAAGGUCCAGACUACAGAGCAUUGUGAAAAGGAUUGAAAGAUUAGAAGAACUGUUGCCUCAAAUCAAACUGAAACACCAUGAAAGGUCGACAAAGGAUAUUGAGUUACUGAAUCAAAAGCUGGUAUUUCUUCACAAACGAAUGCAGAUGGCGGAGUUGUACAGCUGGGAGGGGAUGCUGAGAAGAGCUCCUCUGUGGUGAAGUCUGCUCGAACCCUUGCCUUUCACUGACAUGACCAGUGACAUCAUAGAGAGUCGAAUCCGGCUGUUCAGUUUGUGUUCUGGAUCUAAUCUGAAUCAUGCGUUUUAUCUGUGCAGUCAGAGUUCAAAUGCAUGAAUGUGAGAUUUUCUUCUUAUUAAACUUACUCUUCUGAGCCUUUUUUGUGAAUCCUUUCAUCCAGUUGGUGAUUUAGGGAUUUUUAGCGGAUGUAUGACAUCGGGUCUCCUGAGAUUCAGACAAGUGUCACACAGCAGAGUUAUGAUCUGCUAACAUUUCAUAAUCCAGUCAAGAUGUAGAUGAGUUUGAUUUGGAGAAAUUCAGCAUCACAUCACUUGCUCACCAGAGGAUCCUCUGCAGUCAAUGGGUGCCGUCAGAAUGAGAGUCCAAACAGCUGAUGAAAACAUCACAAUUCAUGGAAAGAUGGCAAAAUUGAAAUGUAUUGAACUUAUAUUUCAUAUAAACAAAACAAAAAAAGCAAUUAAUAUCUGUAAAAUAUUGACUUGAUUAUUGGAUUCCAGAGGUCCAUAGUUUGUAAAUAAGGGCUUUGGAAAAGACAAAAUGAGUUUAUUGCACUGAAGGUAGUUCACAUCUGCAUGUUGCAUCUUAAUGUUGUGAGAUGAAAGUUGCUCUUUUAAUAUGAUUUUUUGGUAUUAAAUUACUCAUCACGCAAUCAAAGUUUAAAGGCCUGAUUUUACCAAGGGAACGUUUUA